GGGUAGAAUUUUGCUCCCAGUACCUGAGGAAAGCCGCUUCAAGGGCAUAGGAGUCACAGACAGAGCACAGAGGCAGCACACACACAGAGAGCUCAGCUCUGGUCCAGAGGGAUUCCACUGUGAGAAACCAAAGUCACUGUCUUCUUCUGUUUCACUUCAGCCAAGCUUGAAUUGAAUCGAUUUUCAAGGGUCUUCGACGUCACCGGGAUGGCAGAGGCACAUCAGGCAGUUGGCUUCCAGUUCACCGUCACCUCAGACGGCAUCGACCUCCACCUGAGCCGCGAGGUACUCAAACACAUCUACCUGUCGGGAGUGACGUCAUGGACAAAGCGCGCCAUAAGAUUUAAAAAUGGGAUAUUGACAGGUGUCUACCCUGCCAGCCCAUCUAGUUUGCUGAUCGUUGUGAUAGCCAUAUUGAGCACCAUAUAUGCCAGGAUAGACCCAUCACUGGGAAUGAUAGACACCAUCAAGAGGACCAUGUCUGUCAGUGGCUACAUGACAGUGCAGACCCGGACAGUGCUGAGUGCCAUCCUGUUUUCCACAGGCCUGUGGCUCUCUCUCAUCCUCAUGCUGAGGUACAUUCUCAAGGCCCUUCUCUCCUACCAUGCCUGGAUCUUUGAGUCCCACGGCAAAAUUAGCUUCUGCACCAAACUCUGGCUGAGUCUGGUGAAGAUGUUCUCUGGGCGCAGACCUCUCCUCUAUAGCUUCCAGACCUCCCUACCCAGACUACAUGUGCCUAGUGUGGAUGACACCAUAACCAGGUACCUGGAGUCAGUGCGCCCCCUGCUGGAUGAUGAGCAGUACAACCAGAUGGAGGUGGUGGCCAAUGACUUCAAGAAGGACCAGGCACCCAAACUCCAGAAAUACCUCAUCCUCAAAUCCUGGUGGGCUACUAACUAUGUGAGUGAUUGGUGGGAGGAGUACAUCUACCUUAGAGGCAGGGGUCCCAUCAUGGUCAACAGUAACUUCUACUCCAUGGAUCUGCUGUACGUGACUCCCACACACAGACAGGCAGCUCGGGCAGGGAAUGUUGUUCAUGCUAUGCUGCAGUACCGCCGCAAACUAGAGAGAGGAGAACAUGCACCGUUGAGGGCUCUGGGGGUGGUGCCCAUGUGUUCUUAUCAGAUGGAGAGGAUGUUCAACACCACACGUAUCCCUGGUAUAGAGACAGACUUUGUUCAGCACCUGAGUGACCGGAAGCACCUGGUGGUGUACCAUAAGGGCCGCUUCUUUAAGGUGUGGCUGUACUACGGGGGGCGUCACCUCUGGCCCUCUGAGCUGGAGACUCAGUUCCAGAGGAUCCUCGUCGACACCACCGAGCCACAGCCUGGGGAACUCAAACUGGCUGCCCUCACAGCCGGCAACAGAGUUCCGUGGGCGCGGGCUCGUCUGAAGUACUUCAGCCAGGGUGUUAACAAAGCCUCUCUGGAGGCCAUCGAGACGUCAGCUUUCUUCCUCAGCCUUGAUGACGAGGUGCAUGGUUAUGACCCUGACAAGCUGAGGUCAUUGGACCUGUAUGCCAAGUCCCUGCUGCACGGGAAGUGCUAUGACAGGUGGUUUGACAAAUCUUUCACUCUGAUCGCUUAUAAGAACGGUAAACUGGGGGUUAAUGCAGAACACUCGUGGGCAGAUGCUCCCAUUAUAGGACACAUGUGGGAGUUUCCCGUGUGUAUCAAGGAUGGUCCACCAUCCAAAGGACAUCCAGCCAACUUGACACAACUGUGGGAAGCAUUGGAGUCAACUCGGUAUGUCCUAGCAACGGACUGCUUCCAUUUGGGCUACACAGAGGAGGGACACUGCAAAGGAGACAUCAACAAGGGCCUGCCUCCCCCCACCAAACUACAAUGGGACAUUCCACUGGAGUGCCAGGAGGUCAUUGAGGAGUCCUACAUGGUUGCCAAGGUGAUAGCUGAUGACGUGGACUUUCAUGGCUGUCUGUUUGAUGAGUUUGGGAAAGGCCUGAUCAAGAAGAGUAGGACCAGUCCUGAUGCCUUCAUACAGCUAGCACUACAGCUGGCCCAAUUCAGGGAUAAGGGGGAGUUCUGUCUGACGUAUGAGGCCUCAAUGACCCGGAUGUUCCGUGAGGGUAGGACAGAGACGGUUCGCUCCUGCACCUCAGAGUCCACAGCCUUUGUCAGAGCCAUGGAGGACAAGAACACUGCGAGUGCCCAAAAGUUGGACCUCUUCCAGAAGGCCGCAGACAAACACCAGAACAUGUACCGUCUGGCCAUGACAGGCUCUGGCAUCGACAGACACCUCUUCUGUCUCUAUAUCAUGUCUAAGUACCUCAGCACCGACUCACCAUUCCUCAAACAGGUGUUGUCAGAACCCUGGAGGUUGUCCACUAGUCAGACUCCUCAACAGCAGCUCAACAUGGUUGACAUAAAGAAGUUUCCCAGAUACGUGGGCGCGGGGGGGGGGUUCGGCCCUGUGGCUGAUGACGGCUAUGGCGUCUCUUACAUCAUUAUAGGAGAGAACCUGAUCACAUUCCACAUCUCCAGCAAGUUUUCCAGCCCUGAGACGGACUCGUACCGAUUUGGACUGAACAUUCGACAGGCCAUGCUGGAUAUUCGUGCGCUAUUCGACCAAAAAGACAAGAAGGAGAAGGAGAUGUGAUGAGAAGACAGUCUGGAAGGUCUUUAUAGCCUUCAUACCACAUUUUUGUGCUCUGUGACUUUACAACAUUGUUUCCCAACGGCUGGUCACGACUAGUCUCUUCUGGGUAACGACUUUAGACUGGGUUAAGUUAUAAAGCUUCUGGAUAUCUACUCAGAGAGCAGGAGGAAUUGCUUUGCAGAAGAAUACAUAUUUAAUAAAGCAUUUUCACUAUUUAUAUCAGACACUAUCCUUUCUAUAAAAGGGCAGUGAAUUUUGAGUAUAGUUUUGAACCGAUUCUGGCAAGAGCAAUGGAGCACAUAAUGCCUUGGUGGCCAUAUAGAACUAUUAUUAAUCUGAUUUUGAUUGUAGUAGGAUAUAUGAAUGUAGCCUUGUAAGGAUAGGCCACUCAUCUGUUUAGAGAGAGGUCAUAGUAUUUGCUUCUGAUUGUAAUAUGUGUACACUUGUAUAUACCAUUGUUUUGAGUAUUUUAAGUGUUGUAAUAUAUAAGGUUGUAAAUCGGAAUCUGUUAUGCUUAUGUAUUUGUGUUUAUUAGUAUAUUAUAAUAAAGGAUAUGUUGAUUGUU